GUUCUGACAAUGUCUGACCCAUGGCUCUUAUAGAAAAAAUUUCACUAAUCGGAAAUUUUGACAGCCAGAUCUGACGUAGGGAUUUCACGUUCUUUAACAUAUUGAACACUUUAAACGCUGAUAAACACAUUCUGGACGGAACCAUGAUCAAUAACAUGUGAAGAUAUUGCGAAUAAUUGAAAUUUUUGACGAUUGUACUAAAAUUUUGGUAGAAACGACUUCUGACGCUUUUUCGAAUUUGAAGAUGUAGGGUUUUUUAUGAAGGCCGUUAAAUUGGCAAUAGUGCAAGAUGGCGUCGGAGAAACCCGGGAGCUUUCAACAAGAAAAUCCAGAGCAAGAAUCAGAAGAUUUGGAAGAUUUUGGGUCUAGUUUGUUGAGUAUGGAAAAUUUGGACAGAACUUCUCCUGAGUUAUGGCCAGAAAAAAUUCCAGGUGUGACAGAAUUCAUCAACAACUUCCAGUCAACACCACAAAGCGCUACGAAAAUAAUACCUUAUUCCAAGGAGCUGAGCCAGGAGGAAGAAAAUUACUUGCAACAAUUAGCUUCUCUCUCCACUUCUGGUCUUGUGGGUAAAGUUAAGGAACUUCAUGAUAUUGCAUAUCAAUUGGGAGUGGAGGAGUCCAAAGAAGUGACCAGGGGAAAGUACCUCAAUAUCUUCAAUAGGAUGAAAAGGAAUAAAUGA